AUGAGGGACAUUUCAUGAAAGACGGGAAGAUGGCAAUGAUCGGGCAUAGUGUUUAUUGACCUGGUUUUCAACGUGACCUUUGAACUUUGCACCGCGGCACGCUUCUUGCGGAACAUAAUCGGCAGACAACAUGGACGGAGAAGGUGGCACGGCGGAAGCGAGUAAGGUGAGGAGCGAGGAUGGCGAGGAGGAGAGCGCCAUGAAGGAACUGAAGCGGAAAGUGGAGGCGGUGGUGAAGGCGAGCAGCUGGUGGGAGCGGAGGGGGCUCGACUGCGCCAUCUUGGCCGGCGCUUUCGUCGUCUGCCUGCCGGCCGGUUUCCUGCUGCUGCGUUCGUCGGAGGCGCCGCGGUUCGCGUGCGGGCUGCUGCUGAUGGGCGUGGCCCACGCCGUCAUCACGGUGAAGGGGAGCCACAUGGCCAGUCACGGCGCGCUCAGUCAGUCGCCCGCCGCCAAGCGAUUCUGGGCCCUCUUCUUCAUCGAGAUCUGCGGCGCGUUCUCGGCGCACGUGGCGUCGGCGGGUCACGUGAAGCUGCACCACGCUCACACCAACGUGAUCGGCAUGGGCGACUCCAGCGUGUGGAAGCUCCCGCGCCUUCCCCGACUGCUCUACCUCUUCGUGGCGCCUCUCGCCGUGCCCGUCGUCACGCCCCUCGCUGCCCUGGCUGAACUGGGAGGCGCGUCGGCUGUGCUGUUGCUGAGGACGGUGCUUCUGAUCCUGCUGGGCGUGGCCUCGCACUUCUGGCUUCUGUUGACCGUGUCGGGCUUCCGCUCGCCACUGGGCGCCGGGCUGUGCAUGUUGGCCACCAGGGCCAUGUUCUCCCUGCCCUUCAUCCACGUCAACAUUUUCCAGCACAUUGGCCUGGCCAUGUACAGUCGGAGCGCUCGGCCGGCGCGCCUGCUGCAGAUGUCUCACGGCGUCCUCAACCUCCCGCGUAACGUCCUGCUCGACUGGACCUUCGGACACUCGCUGAUCAGCUGCCACGUGGAGCACCACCUCUUCCCCUUUCUCUCCGACAACAUGUGUCUCAAGGUGAAACCGGCGGUGCGUCGCUACCUGGCCGAUCGGAAUCUUCCGUACCAGGAGGACGGCUACGUUUCCCGCCUUCGUCUUUUCUUCCACAAAUAUCAGGAACUGAUGGUGGCCGCUCCGCCCAUCACGCGGUUGGUUGGCGUCCAGUGAAAACGCCACAUUGGUAAACAUCUUUCCGCACGAUUUAUUUUGUAUUGUAGCUCCUCACACAAUGGCUGUUCAAUAAAAGUUAUCAACCAGCAA